AUGUCUGAGCUCACUCGCACUUUGCCUGCCUCUUGGUAUUGCAGUCAGCCGCUGUAUCAGAUGGAGAGGCGAGCGGUCUUCCUCAAAUCCUGGUACUUGCUCGGCCCAGUCACCAGAUUCCAGGUUGUGGGUGAGCAUGUUCCGUACGAAGUUGCCCAGCAGCCCAUCUCUGCUGUUCGCACCUCAGGGGAGGCCCUAAACCCCGUCGCCGACGAACUGAAGGUUGUCUGCGCGAAAACAGUACGUGUGGUCCAGGUGAAACGUGAAGUUUCUUCUAACAAUUGUACUACCGACAGGGUAAAGAACUGCGUAGCCAUCUCACUCCAACUGGACUCCUUUUUUUCAACUAUCUCCGACGAUGCUCCCAGUUUCCAUGAGUUCUUCCCAGAGCUUGAAGAGCUGCUCGGCAAAGUCGACUUCACUAAGCUACCGCAUCGUCGUAGCAUCAGCUAUGAAGGCCGGUUCAACUGGAAGACCAUGGUCGACGGAUAUCAAGAGUGUCUACACUGCCAAUACACCCACCCGUCUUUCUCCAAAUUCUACCCGCCGACCUUCUACACCGUGCGCAACAAGCACAAUUUCUCGCAGCAUAUCGCAGACCCGAACAAGUCAGAUGAUGGUCUAUUCCUUUACUUCUUUCCCAACUGCACACUGAACGUCUAUGGUGGUGGUAUGUCCUCCUUCAGAGUAUGCCCGACCGCUGACCCGCAUGUCACCCGGAUGGAAUUUGAUUACUUCCAUCUUGAAUCGGGAGACAAGUUCGAAGAAUACUUUAAAUUUGUGCGUCAAGUUGCUAUGGAAGACUUCGAGCUCUGCGAGAAGGCCCAAAGCAAUUUAGCGAAGGGAGUCUAUCACGAGGGAAUUUUGAACCCGAACAAGGAAAAUGGCGUGUCUUACUACCAGAGACGGGUGUUUGAUAUGGUCUGCGAGCAGCACGAGUUUGACAGGUCUGUCAAGACAGUGAAAGAGUCUGGAGUUGAGGAGCAUGUUGCGCCCAAAACGGUUCAAACGACGGCGUAG